AUGGGUUACUUGGCAGACUACAAAAAAGUUGUGCUAACAGCCAGAAAUCAGAGCUCGGCCACGGUGAGCCGCAAUCUCAACCGCUUCUCCACCUUCGUCAAGUCGGGUGGUGAGGCCUUCGUGCUCGGAGAGGCGUCGGGCUUCGUGAAGGACGGCGACAAGCUGUGCGUGGUGCUGGGCCCACGCGGCCCCGAGUGGCAGGAGAACCCCUACCCCUUCCAGUGUUCCAUUGAGGACCCCACCAAGCAGACCAAGUUCAAGGGCAUGAAGAGCUACAUUGCCUACAAGCUGGUGCCCAGCCACACCGGGCAGCAGGUGCACCGCCGCUACAAGCACUUUGACUGGCUCUACGGGCGCCUGGCUGAGAAGUUCCCUGUCAUCUCUGUGCCCCACCUGCCUGAGAAGCAGGCCACCGGCCGCUUCGAGGAAGACUUCAUAUCCAAACGUCGCAAAGGCCUGGCCUGGUGGAUGGACCACAUGUGCAGCCACCCUGUGCUGGCACAGUGUGAUGCCUUCCAGCACUUCCUCACUUGCCCCAGCACGGAUGAGAAGGCCUGGAAGCAGGGCAAGCGCAAGGCCGAGAAAGAUGAGAUGGUGGGUGCCAACUUCUUCCUGACCAUCAGUGUCCCCACUGGCCCUGGGGCUGUCCUGGACUUGCAGGAAGUGGAAAGCCAGGUGGAUGGCUUCAAAGCCUUCACAAAGAAGAUGGAUGAGAGCGCCCUGCAGCUCAAUCACACCGCCAAUGAGUUUGCCCGCAAACAAGUCACUGGUUUCAAGAAGGAAUACCAGAAGGUGGGGCACUCCUUCAAGUGCCUCAGCCAGGCAUUUGAGCUGGACCAGCAGACCUUCUCUGCUGGCCUCAAUCAAGCGAUAGCCUUCACUGCAGAAGCCUACGACACCAUCGGGGACCUGUUUGCUGAUCAGCCCCGACAGGACCUAGAUCCUGUGAUGGAUUUGUUAGCGCUAUAUCAGGGGCAUUUGGCCAACUUUCCAGACAUCAUCCAUGUCCAGAAAGGAGCCCUCACCAAAGUAAAGGAGAGUAAGCGGCAUGUGGAAGAGGGGAAGAUGGAGCUCCAAAAAGCAGAGGGCAUUCAAGAACGCUGUAACAUUAUUUCUUUUGCGACCCUAGCAGAAAUUAAUCAUUUCCACAAAAUCCGUGUGAGAGACUUUAAAUCACAGAUGCAGCAUUUCUUGCAACAGCAAAUACUUUUUUUUCAAAAAGUGACACAGAAGUUAGAAGAAGCUCUUCACAAGUAUGACAGCGUUUAAUCUCUGGACUUCAAUUUGUGGACUUUGCUCAGUACGAACAUGACUUAAGCAGCGGAACAAACUCUGUUGCUGUUAAAGAGCUAUUACCAGUGGUAGAUGUGGUACAAGAAUGGUUUGUGUUCACUUGGAAUCAGGAUUUUAUCUCUGAUUAUGUAGGAAGGAAACAGUUAUACGGCUAUGUAGUAGAAAAAGUACCACGCAUUAUAACUAAGUUAUACUGUGUAUGCCUACACUACCAUUGUAACUUUUGAAAUAAUGAGUAUACUAUUUGCCUUAUUGCUUUUUGAAACAUGGUAUUUUAGUGCAUACUUUGUAGACCUCAAAACCCUUUGGGUCUUUAAGGAAGUUGGCUAGAUAAAAGCCUGCUUCAGCUGCCUUUUUACUUUCCUAGAUUUGGAUUUCCUAAAUUCAAACGAUUCUCUGUUUACAGAUUCCUACUAGAGCAGCUAUGUGAUUCUGUGCCUUUAGACUCUAUUUUUCCUUUUCUAGUAAGUCACAUUUUUACGAUUGAAUGAAUGAAGGGUUGAUGCCUAUGACAAGAACUGAUUAUGAAACCUCAUAUUAACUGGAAAUAAAUGAGCUGCCAUCCAAUUUGCACAGCAAGUACUGUCUUACAAUAAACGUUGGCUCAAAAGUAGAACUUAAAUCUAUUCAGACUUUCCCUGAAAGUGGAGACUACUUGUUACAUGUACUAGGAUGUUAAGCACAUAUACAAAGUACACCACUGACCCCCCUUUCAAAAAAGAAUAUUACGCUGAGGGGAUUUUAGUAUAAAGCAUUACUGUGAGUGGAAAUUUGAACUAGCCUAAUAACAGGGAUGUUUAUCAUGGGGAUAUAAAUGCUAUGUUGAUAGAACUUUUUUAAGUAGGAAAUUAUUUGCUCAUUGUUCAUUUGCUGAUUCAGUUUCACUUCAGACUUGCAUCUACAUUGCCUGUUGUCUAAGUUGGGACUCCACUGUGAUUCAUUAGUCUACUCUAAGGUUACAAAUUUUCAGGGAUGUUCAGUAAUAUAAAUGGUCUGAAAUAAGACUUGGCUGAACUAACCUGGAAAACAGGUGGCAUGUUUAUGUUUAUAACACUUGUCUUAAUUUUUGUAUAAAUAUUUUUGACAAGCAGGGUGCAUUUAUAUAUAUGUAAACACUAUAUUUUAAAGAAUUUUCUGGCUUAUUUCCCUUGAAUUAAGUCUGAAGUCUGUCUUUAUAACCUAUUGGUUCCCUUCUUAUAGGUCAGUAUCAGAAGGGGUUUUUAUUUAUCCUAUCCUUUUCCUCCUAAACAAAAAUAACAGAAACUUCCGAGGAGGCAAAAAUCUUUUCUUUUCUUUUCUUUUCU